AUGGCUUCUCAUAAUGGCCUUGUGUCUUCUUUCUUAUUGGCAAUCUUUGUUAUUCAAGUAACCGAAUUCGGUCAUUCCAGUGCUUCGACCAAUGUAAGAUGCAUUGGUGCAGAGAGAGAAGCUCUUUUGAAGUUCAAACAUGGUCUCAUUGAUCCUUCGAGUCGCUUGUCAUCGUGGACCGGAGAGGAAUGUUGCAAGUGGGAAGGAGUGGAAUGCGACAAGAAGACCGGUCAUGUCCUGAAGCUCGAUCUUCAUAAUCCAUGUACUGAAGAGAUCUAUUUUGACAUUUUCGUACCUUCAGAUAAGUGCAGGCUGGGAGGUAACAUAGUUCCUUCUUUAACUAAAUUGAAGGAUUUGAAGUAUCUCGACCUCAGUCUCAACAACUUUUCAACCCAGAAAAUUCCAACGUUCUUUGCUUCUCUUCAGAAAUUGGAGUAUCUUAACCUCUCACAUACAGGCUUCGAGGGAGAUAUUCCCAGGCAGCUCAAUAAUCUUUCCAGAUUAGAGUACUUGGAUCUUAGUAGUGACUUCUGUUUGGGUUGUUUGACCUCGAACGAUCUUGAUUGGGUGUCAAAAUUAUCUUCCUUGAAAUUUUUGCACAUGUCCAAUGUUGACCUUUAUAUGGCCGUAGGUUGGUUCAGUUCCAUUAACAUGCUUUCAUCUUUGCAAUCUUUAGGAUUGAGCGGCUGUGAAUUGCAAGAUAUUUCUAGCUCUUUGCAGGCCAAUUUCACCUCUCUUAGAUUUCUUGAUAUCAGUUCCAAUUUUAUAAAUUCUUCCAUCCCACCAUGGAUCUACAACUUGAGCAAGCUAGAACAUAUUGAUUUGUCUGCCAACGAUCAUAUCAGUGGCCCUUUUCCCACACCAAUCAUCGAGAAUAAUCAAAGGCUUGCCUUCUUUGACGUGUCUGAAAAUUCACUACAAGGUACUGUUCCAAAAAACUUGAGCAGUUUUUGCAAAUUGCAAGUUCUUCGAUUAGGGUAUAACCAAUUCAAUGGGAAUAUCUUCAGUAUUUUCGAUGGUCCUCUUGGUUGCGUACAAAGUAAUUGGAAGAUCUUUGAUGUUUCCUACAAUAAUUUUAGUGGUGGCCUACCAAAUCAAUUUGGAUAUUUCAAGGAACUAGAGUACCUUGAUCUUUCAGAUAACUUGAUUUCUGGUUCUAUUCCUUCCAAUUUGGGGGAGCUAUCAUCUCUAAGAGAGUUGUAUUUAAGCAAUAACAAAGUGAACGGGACAAUUCCAGAGAGUAUCGGGCGACUGUCGAAUUUGAAGGAGCUCCACUUUGAGGAAAAUUUAUUGCAUGGAACUGUAAGCGAACUUCACUUUGAAAAUCUCAAAAGCUUGACCAAGUUAGACAUUCCUUCAAUGAGCUUAUAUUAAAUGUGAGCUCUACCUGGGUUCCACCAUUCCAAGCUCGGGAGAUAUACUUGUCAGAUUGCAAAGUGGGACCUGAAUUUCCAAGAUGGCUUCAAACGCAGAGGAACCUUACCAGUUUGAUAAUGUCAAACGCAA